GCAAAUAUAGAAGGCUACUGAGGAGCAGCAAACAGACAGACAGACAGCAGCAGGCAGAGAGUGAGGCCUCAGAAGCGGCUGCUAACUCAGCAGAGCUCCGAGGACUCAGGCUGGAUUAGGCUCUUACGGACAGAAUAGUCGAAAAGUGAAAGGCGUGACUGGCAGGCUACUGAGCACUUGUCUCUCUCAGUCGCCCCUCGGAGAAGAGUUGACACAGCUGGGCAAGUUGCUUUGACAGCGUGGACUGCACAGUAGGAGUCUAUUUUUGGUCCUGCCGUCAGAUGACGAUGUCACCUUGCACAAGUGGCAGUGCUGGUGAGGGGGAACAGGUUGCCUAGAGUGGGCUCGAAAAGUAUGUCAGGGGUGGAUAAGGAUGAAGAACCUGCUUACAGACUGUACUUCUAUUGUGCAUCUUUCCAGCGCUCCAACAGCCUGGACAAAGUGCGCAAGAUAGUUGCUGAAGAGGGCCGUGCUGCUCGAAACCUCAUUGCCUGGAGUGUACCUCUAGAGAACAAGGAGGAGGAAGCAAAGUCCAAAAGCAACUCUGGUGGCGGUUCAAGAGGUCAGAGGAUAAAUUCUGGUCAACAAAGGAAUAAAAAACAGAAUGCUGGUCUGGAAAUUAAAAGCACAGCUGGUGCCUUACUGGACAAGGGGCCGGAAAAAAGCCCCACCAAAACCAGGCAGCCCCGCAAAGUAGACCUGCGUGCACGCUACUGGGCUUUCCUCUUUGACAACCUGCGGCGAGCUGUGGACGAAAUUUACGUUACCUGUGAAUCUGAUCAGAGCGUCGUAGAAUGCAGGGAGGUGUUGAUGAUGUUGGACAACUAUGUCCGGGAUUUCAAAGCUCUCAUAGACUGGAUCCAGCUUCAGGAGAAGUUGGAGAAAACAGACGCCCAGAACAGGCCCACAUCUUUAGCCUGGGAGGUACGUAAGAUGUCUCCAGGACGUCAUGUGAUUCCAAGCCCAUCAGCCGACCGCAUGGUUCCUUCUCCAGGCGCCCGCCGCACCCUCAGCUUUGGCGGCCCCCCACCUACACUUGCUGCAGCCAGGCUCUCCCACUCAGGCCCCAGCUGGGCAGACAGAGUCAAGUGCACUCAGUCGGCCAUGAGCUCCACCCAAUCGACCAGCUCCCCUGUAGAAAAACUGGGUAAAAAAGAUGCAGAAGGCUGGGAGACGGUCCAGCGAGGAAGAACUGCCAAACCUCGCUCUGCCAUGGUUGCCAAAGUCAGUCCUGUCUUGGCUCAUGUAAUCCCAAAACAGGACAGUGCUAAGUGUAACCAGCCUCACCUUCCCCCACAGAAGGAGCAACAAAUCCGUCCUGAGUGUCAAUCGGAAAAGGACACGACCCAAAUGAACACUCAGCAGCAAGCCCCUGUGGAGCCUGACCCACCAGAGAAGGUUGAGAGUCCAGAGAACCAACACAUAAUUGAGCCCCCAGCAGAGAGUGUACAAGACUCGGGGCAGUGUGUCAACGCACCCUGCGAAGACGCGCCUCCCCCAAUACCGGCUCUAUCCCCUUCCCAAGCCCCAGAGCUGACCCCAUCCUCCGCCUCAGACCCACCAACAGACAUUACCUUAUCAGUCCCGGUCCCUGCUCUGUCCCUCUCCCCAUCCCCAGACCUUCCCCAGACGGAGGGGCUCAGUGCACUGUUGGCCUUGGGGGACAGUGGGGCUGAGGGGGGCGCGUCGCAGGGCAUGGCCACAUCUGCUCCAGGACAGGCUGAGACUCCCAUGGCAGCGAUGAAACUGGAGAGUGUGCUGGACCCCACAGAGCUUUCUACUCCCCAGUCCAUGGCAGAAGUCCUGGCCAAAAAAGAGGAGCUCGCCGACCGACUGGAGAAGGCCAACGAGGAAGCCAUUGCCAGUGCCAUUGCGGAGGAGGAGCAGCUGACCAGAGAGAUCCAGGCUGAGAACAACGACCUGGACACUGACAACGAGAGCGACUUCUCUGCUAGCAUUGGCAACGGAGGUUGUGGAGCGAACAUUGAUUGGACAGACGUGCUGGCAGACUAUGAUGCCCGCGAGCCAUGGCGUCAGAGCACGUCGUGGGGCGACAUAGUAGAAGAAGAACCCGCUAGGCCUCCGGGUCAUGGGAUACACAUGCACGAGAAACUGUCCUCACCAUCGCGCAAAAGAACCAUUGCCGAGUCAAAGAAGAAACAUGAGGAGAAACAGCUGAAGGCGCAGCAGCUGAGGGACAAACUCCGCGAGGAAAAGACGCUCAAACUGCAGAAGCUCUUGGAGAGAGAGAAGGAGGUGAGGAAAUGGAAGGAGGAGCUGUUGGAGCAGCGUCGUAAGAUGAUGGAGGAAAAGCUGUUGCAUGCGGAGUUUAAGCGAGAGCUGCAGCUGCAAGCGAUUGUGAAGAAGGCCCAAGAGGAAGAGGCAAAGGUAAAUGAAAUUGCAUUCAUCAACACUUUGGAAGCCCAGAACAAGAGGCACGAUGCCCUGGCGAAGCUAAAUGAGUAUGAGCAGCGCCUGAACGAGCUACAGGAAGACAGGCAGAGGAGGCAGGAGGAGAAGCAGGCCAGAGAUGAGGCUGUGCAGGAGCGUAAACGGGUGCUGGAAGCCGAGCGGCAGGCACGGUUGGAGGAGCUGCUGGUGCGCAGGAAGGAGCAGGAGGCUCGUAUUGAACAGCAGAGACAAGAAAAAGAGAAAGCUAGAGAAGAUGCAGCACGGGAGAGAGCCAGAGAUCGGGAAGAACGUCUGGCUGCUCUUAGUGCUGCUCAACAGGAGGCUAUGGAGGAGCUGCAGAAGAAAAUCCAGAUGAAGCAUGACGAGAGCAGCCGAAGGCAUAUGGAGCAAAUUGAGCAGAGGAAGGAGAAGGCUGCCGAACUCAGCAGUGGCCGACAUGCUAACACGGACUACGCCCCAAAACUGACACCUUAUGAGCGCAAGAAACAGUGCUCCCUGUGCUGUGUAGUGAUCACUACGGAGGUGCACCUGUUCAGCCACACCAAGGGCAAGAGGCACCAACAGGCCGUGCGAGACAGUAGUAGCAUCCAAGGACGGGAGCUCUCUGAUGAGGAAGUGGAGCAUCUUUCCUUAAAGAAAUACAUAGUGGACAUAGUGACGGACAGCUCUGUGUCUUCUGAGAGCAUGAAGGAUGGAGAGGAGAGGCAGAAGGCGAGGAAGAAGGCAAAGAAGCUCCGUGCCAGGAUGAACUCCAGGGCAAAGGAAUAUGAGACAUCAGUGGAGGCUAAGACACAGGUCCCUGAAUCGCCAUACAAAGCCAAGUUGCAGCGCCUGGUGAAGGACCUGUUGAAGCAGCUCCAAGGCCAGGACAGUGGCCAGUGGGCAAACAACAAGGUGUCCGGUCUGGACAGAACUCUGGGCGAGAUCUCACGCAUCUUAGAGAAACAGAACAAUGCAGACCAAGUGGCCUUCCAAGUGGGCGGCGGCCUGUCUGCGCUGGAACAAAUUCUGCAGGUCAUCACUGCUGCCUCCACACCCACUUCAGUUCCUCGUAUCCCUCACAAAUCCCUCUGUGCUGCUGUAAAUAUCUACUACCUGGCGUGUUCCUGCUGCCCCCUCAACUGCUCCUAUGUGCUGUUUAGCAACAAGAUAGCACUCCUCAUGGACCUGCUGCUGCAUCAGCUAACACUAUAUGUUCCAGAAGAGGAUAAAUCCAUUUGUGGCCGUAGUUUGAACAAACAAGUCUUUGAGGGUCUAACCACCGGUCUGCUGCAGACCAUUGCUACCAUCCUGGGAUCUCUGUGGCCACAUAUCCCAGAGUCUGGACAAAACGAAAAGUGGAUUUCCUCCCCAGAUGCCAAGGUCAAGAGCUCUGCCACUGAGUCCUUCAACACUCGCACACAAGACCUCAUCAGCUACGUAGUAAACAUGGGUUUGAUCCACAAGCUGUACGGCUGCUUCUUGUCGGUCCAGGGCCCCGUAGACGAGCAUCCGAAGAUGUCUGCGUUCCUCCAUCAAGCCUCCACUCUGCUGCACAGCAUGUGCAAGCUGUGUUUUGUAGUAACCGGACGUGCUCCCAGUAUAUUUGACAAUAAACGCCAGGACCCGUCUGGACUGACGGCCCUGCUGCAGUCCACAGACCUGGUGGGAGUUGUGCACACCCUGUAUUGUAUCCUGCUGCACAGUUUUGCACCAGAGUCUUCUUCCCAGAGUCAGGAGCCCUACGGCCCCGGGGUCAUCCAGGUGGCUUUGCAAGGCAUCCGCUUCCUCAACAAUUUUGCUCUCCUUGACCUCUCCGCCUUCCAGUGUGUCCUAGGAGCUGAAGGCCUGUCUCUAGCUUUCCGACACAUCGUCAGCUCUCUGCUCUGGUACUGUACCCAGCAUUCCUCCGAUGAGCUGCUGCACGAAGUCAUCAUCUGUGUGGGCUACUUCACUGUUAACCACCCUGACAACCAGGUGAUAGUGCAGUCUGGCCGCCAGCCGAGCGUGCUGCAGAAACUGUGUCAGCUGCCCUUCCAGUACUUCAGCCACCCGCGCCUCAUCAGAGUGCUCUUCCCCUCCCUCAUCUCGGCGUGCUACAACAACUCCCAAAACAAAGUCAUCCUGCAGCAGGAGAUGAGCUGUGUGCUGCUGGCUACAUUCAUACAGGACUGUGCGGCAAAUGAGAAAGACAACAAAAUAAAGCAAACAGUUUCCCAGCCGCUGGAUUUCUGCGAGUUGUCUAACCGCUUUCCAAGAGACCAGUGGGACUCAGCGCUGCAGUUUUUUCUAAAGAAAGAAGAGGAGUGAUGAAGUUGCACACUGUCCUCAAAACUUCACGAGGACAAAACAAACAAGAGACUGAGUUGAGGAGUUUUUGGGGGGUAUUUGUAUUUUUUUUGUUCCUCACUGUAAGUCAGCACACUAUAAAUCAAUCUUCAAAUGAUAUCAACUGUUAAGAUGGUGAAGCCUUAUCCUAUGUUUGUUUUGAUUUCAUGGAAAUCCAAAUGUUGUUUUUUGAGAAAUUUGCACAAAAUGUCUUGUUUUUACGUUACAGCUAGAAGACGCACAACGAUUCCAUUUAAUGUCUAAACAAGCCAUUUGUUUCUUUUCUUAUUCCUGUUGUAGUUACAAACUGAUCCUGAUUUAAAACAGUGAUGUUCUAAACCUGUAACAUUUACUUAUACUGUUAUUUAUACGUUGCCAAGCAUUUCAUAAAUACUGUUUAUAUUAAUUUAUUGCAUUUCUUUCUUUUGAAUAUGAAACUAGAACGUUGUCACUAGUUAAGUAAAGAGCCAGUUUUAAGUUUCAUGACCUGCCUUGAUGCAACGACAAGUUAACGGUUGUUGUUUUUUUUUCAAGUUCACUCCUUUGUAUUUUUUCCUCUGUUAGAAGGUAUUUACAAAUUAAUAUAAUUUAUUGACUUAUUUACCUUUUGUUGUGAAAUAAAAUACCUAUGUUAAUGUGU